AUGAAACUGUUAAGAAAUUUGCUAGAUUUUUUACGGGGUUAUAUGCAAUGGUUUUUUGCCCAGCGCCAGCAGCUCCGCAUCGCUGUUUUAGGUCUUCAGAACAGUGGUAAAUCUACAUUUACUGCAUUUCUAACAGGCGAGCCCUUCCAAGCAGAUGUUGUACCAACUCUUGGAGCGAAUAUCAAGCGCGCCACAAUAGGACAGACUUCAAUUCAAAUAUAUGACCUUGCUGGACAGUUACGCUUCCGUUUCCUAUGGGGAAGGUAUCUGCAGAAAGUAGACCUCAUAGUCUAUGUUAUGGACCUCAGCGACCAUACAUGUUGGGAGCAAUCAAAGAGCACAUUACAUGAGGUCCUAGUGGCCACCAAUACGGAGCGCGUGCCCGUUUUAGUUUUGGGCAACAAAAAAGACCUUACAGAUGUACCUCUGUCGGUUGGCCAAACAGAACCCACACAAGGACAGUCAUACCGAUCUCAACAAAGUAAUACCACUGCAAACCUGUCCUCUCCUUCUUCUCCAAGCGAUCCAAGCCCCUAUCAAUGGAAGUUCAUCAAACCCCUAUUGAGUCAUUAUGACUACGACGACAUCCCUAAAUUCAAUCUUGAUGGAACCAACCAGCAUAUUUUAAAGGAUAUCCAUAUCCUCUCGAAGGAAAUUGGAAUCGAUUUAUGCAAUGGUAUUUUACAUACUACAAGUGAUACCACCCUUACAAUGGAUAGGGAUGUAGGGAUUUUUACAAUUAGCUGUAAACAGGGGACAUGUAUGCAAGAAGUAAUUGACUGGAUAUUACAGAUAUAA